AUGGCGCCCAAUGCCUUGACGGCCGUCAGGCGCAUCCGUUGGCCGGCUCGGCAGCAUGGUUGUCACGUGAGGUAUUUCACCAAUUGGUGGCAAAAGUGGGUGGAUGGCAAGAACCCAGACAACCCAAAGAACGCACUCGUGUCACGGUUGCUGAGACAGGAAUUCAUCGACCCGUACAAGAUUCCUCGAGAUGAGCUGGAGGACUUUCGAAGACAGUACCUGUUUCGUUAUGAGUAUCCAGAAUGGGAAGCCGGUGACAACAAGUCCACCGCAGACAUGGAGUCUGAGGAGUACAAGCAAGAUGCUUGGGAGCGACUUCGAAGAAAGAAAGGUCACAUCAUGGAGCGCUGGAAAGGCCUCUACGCGCUUCAAGCGCCCAGAAAGAUUGAGACCCAGACCGAGGAAAAGGAUGCUGAGUAG